AUGCCCGUCGGGUUGGCUCACUCCUCUAAGGAAGACGAGAUUGUGGAUGAUAGCAGAGAGGAAGCAGAAGUUGUUCCAGAAACCCAACCGCUUGAGGGCGAAAGUGUCAUCCCAACUCGUGUUGAGCUGAUAAAUAUCGCAAGGGUUGGAGAUCUUUCCAGCAGCACCCCCGACCACUACCUGCACCUGAGUCUCGGUCCAAUGAACUCAACAAAUGUGGAGGACAUACCCAGUAACUAUGGCUUGACCGGUGAAAUGGAGCUAGAGGUUGGCUUGAAAUUCCUGAAUAAAGAUGCAGCAAUGCUUGCUAUUAAGAAUUACAACAUUCGUCGAAGUGCAAAAUUCAAAGUAGUGGAGUCAGAUCAUACUCGCUUUAAGUUUGGUUCCAAUGUUGUUAUAAGGAAUGUAAGCUAUAACAGGAACAUGCAUCAAGGUCAAAGCAAUCAAAUAUGGAAGGAGCCACGAGGAUCUGAUCAACCCUUUAGGCAACAACACCUUCCAAGAUACCAUAGACAACGACCAUCUUACAAUGCAUGCCAAGGCAAUAGUUAUGGUGGACCUUCUCGUGACAACCAACACCCACCAAAUUACUAUGGUCAACAGCCAUUCCGAGGUUUCAAUACUUCGACCACGCAAGAAUCCGUUCGUCAGUCAGUGUACGGAUAUAAGGUGUCUUACAAAAAGGUUUGGCUAGCGAAGCAAAAGGCAAUAGCGAGAAUCUAUGGAGACUGGGAUGAUUCUUAUAACCAGCUACAGAGAUACUUCAACGCGUUGCAAACUUUCGUUCCAGGUACAAUUGUCGACCUUCAAACCCGACCAUACUAUGUCGGUAACACGCUCGAGCGCAAAAGUGUCAUGUUUCAUCAAGUAUUCUGGUCAUUCCCGUUGUGUGUCGAGGCAUUCAAGCAUUGCAAGCUGCUAGUCUCGGUUGAUGGAAUACACCUGUAUGGUAAGUACACGGGGACCUUGUUGAUGGGAAUAGCACAGGACGGAAACAACAACAUUCUUCUGAUAGCUUUCGUGCUUGUGGAGCGGGAGAACACAGAUGCGUGGUACUUCUUUCUGACCAACUUAAGGAGACAUGUGUCUACUCAACCGGGAGUUCUACUGAUCUCUGACAGGCACGCGGCUAUAAAGGCUGCGCUUGAAUGA